GAUGUCACACACGGGAUUCCUCAAAGUCGAACACCCGACGGUGAACAAUGGAACAGGAGUCGGUGGCGGUGGCAGUGGCGGUGGUGGGCUCGUCCCGGCACGGUUAUCCAUCAGCAGCGACAACCUCACGGUGACCGGAAGCCACCACCAGCGGCUGCACGGCACCGAGCGGGGUGGAUCGCUGACGCCGAGCUUUCCGUCGAUGGACCGGCUGUCGGCGCCGAUCCUGACGCGCCGAAAGUUCAGCUUCCCCGCCAAUCUACACUCCACCGCGCUGCUAGGCUUCCCGGAGAUCGGGGGUGUUGGCGGGGCCAGCGGGACCACUUCGCUGUCCGCCUCGAGCACAGCCCUUUCGGCGCGUCGCCGACUCAGCAACGUUAGUGACGUCGUGACCCGCAAGCUGUCGAGCACGAUCGGCUGGAAGCAACCGGCACUCCCGUCGCAGGACAUCAUCACGCAGGGCAAGUGCCUGUGCGGCCAGUACAUCCGCUGCCGGCUGAAGCGGUCCGGUGUGUUCAACCGGAAGCUGGGCCUUCAGCGGAUCCGCAGCAUCGUCGGAACGCCCUCGAUACACGUCGUCCGGGAGGUGUUUCCCGCGCUGCUCAGCGUGGGCGAGGAGCUGGAGCGAAUGUACCCGCGGAUCUACACCGGGAUUGCGCGCCAGCUGACGCGGUUCGGGCGUGGCGAGCUGAAAACGCCGGAAACGGCUCCGGUGCUGCUGAGCGCGAUCGCCCGUGACCUCUUCAAGGUGGACAUCACGUGGGGCAAGGUGGUGUCCCUGUUUGCCAUCGCCGGUGGCCUCUCGGUCGACUGCGUCCGUCAGGGCCACCCGGACUAUCUGCCAAAGCUGGUGGAGGGCGUUGCGGACGUGAUCGAGGACGAACUCGUCGCGUGGAUCUCCGAAAACGGUGGCUGGAUCGGUUUGGCGAACAGGGUGCGGCCACCGCAGGAGGAGAUCACCUUUACGGGCCGCUGCCUGGUGGGGGCCAGCUGUGUGAUAGGGCUGUUCAUUGUAGUGUUUCUCCUUAAGACCCUCGGCCUGUAUUUAUUUCCAAACAUUUUCUCUUAA